AUGGAGGAGGUCAAUGUUUCCUCUGAAGAGAUUACAUUCACACACCAGCAAGCCUUCCGUGUAAACCUGAAUGAGGUGCUUGUGAUAAAAGUGAUUGUGGUGCUGUCCACGUCCCUGUUUUCUGCCUAUUUGAACAGCCUUAUGUUCUUCAUUUUGAGAAGCAAGCCGAUUUUCAGGGAGACAUCGCGCUACAUCCUCUUUGCCAACAUGCUCUUCAACGACUCUGUCCAUCUGAUGAGCAACACCAUCCUGUACUCAUUCGCCCUGGCAUACCUCCAUGUUGUUAAGGCUGCCUGCGUGUCAGUGUUACUGAUGUCCACCAUCACAUACACCAACAGCCCCUUGAACCUGGCACUGAUGUCACUGGAGCGUUACGUGGCUAUAUGCUUCCCCCUGCGGCACGCACAAAUCGCUACACAGAAAAGGACAGGUAUUUUCAUUGGGGCAAUCUGGUUUCUCAGCUCCCUCAAUUUCAUAAUUGACAUGUUCUUCACCACCAUAACAAAUCCCUACUCUUUCAUCACACCCAUAUUUUGCACACGAGAGGGGCUGUUCAUUGCAAUGUGGCAGGUCGAUUUAUCCCAGGGUUUAAGCUAUUUUUACCUUGUGGCUGUGGCUGUAAUCAUCAUCUACACGUAUGUCGGCAUUAUGAUAGCAGCCAGGUCCAUGUCCACAGACAAGGAUUCAGCUAAGAAGGCCCGCAAGACUGUGCUGCUCCAUCUGAUUCAGCUGGGACUGUGUCUCACCUCUUUUCUGUACGGCCUCCUUGAGCGUAUAAUGGCCACGGCUGGUGCUGCUCUGUUCAUGCACCUGCGCUUUGUGAACUACCUCACCCUCAUCAUCCUCCCCCGAUGCCUGAGUCCCCUGAUUUAUGGCCUAAGGGACAAUACAUUCCGGCCCCUCUUCCUGAGCUAUUUCAAAUGCAGGCCUGGAAAAGUCAAGGCAGUUGCAACCGGAAACUAA